GGAAGGGGCCCUUUUAGACUGCUGCACCACAACACUGCCGGUUGGCGCUCAUGUGUAUACUGGGGAACUUAGUUAUGCCUUCUGAAGACGAUCUGGACUGUGUGUAUGAUUCGACCUGGGACUCAUUGAGCGAGGAGGAAGAUUCGCCUGACGAUGGAGAUCAGUGUGCCGCUACGGGUAGACCCCAGAAAUAUAUUUGGAACUACGGUCUCUCUGGCUUUUGGUUCCAAUCUUCACGAAAUAUGCGUGCUGCUAAAGAUAUGCAGAUUUAUCGGCACCGAUAUCCAAAUCUGCAAGAAAAUGAAGAGAAUGUAAAUAAGGAAAUGUGUAAUUUGUUGUUUUACCAGAAUUCAUUUCCUUCUGAGCCAGACGGGGUAACAAUAGAGGAGUUUCACUCUGAAUGGAAGACAAACUAUAAGAAACUGGAAAGAAUUCACUCCUACAUUCAGUGGUUGUUUCCUUUGCGGGACCCAGGAAUGAACUACAGGGCCUAUGAACUCACACAGAAGGAAAUUAAGGCAUUUCAGCAAUCUGAGGAAGCAAAACAGAGGCUGGUCAAGUCGUACAAACUCAUGCUGGGGUUCUAUGGUAUAGAGCUGGAGGAUGAGGGGACCGGAGAAGUGAGACGAGCAAACAACUGGGAGGAACGAUACAGUAACCUGAACCGAAACUCGCACAAUAACCUCCGCAUAUCACGCAUCCUCAAGUGCUUGGGAGAGCUUGGGUUUGAACACUACCAGGCCCCACUCGUGAAGUUUUUCCUGACUGAGACCCUGGUGAACAAGGAACUGGGCAGCGUCAAGCACAGUGCUCUGGACUACUUCCUGUUCUCAAUCCGAGACAAAAAGAAACGCAGGGAACUGAUUGAAUAUGCCUACCAUCACUACGAAUCCAAGGAACAAUUCGUAUGGUGUCCCCGGAAAAUUCAGAAGCGAUUCAAAAGACGAAACACGCCUGGGGAGAAACGUAAGGAGAAAGGCGGCGGUGGUGGUCUUUCCACAUGCGAAGUUAAUCAGUGUGAGGCAGCUCAGCCUGUGCCAGAAAAGGGAGAAGAAAUGCAGCAAGAUGUAGAGCCAGAGAAAGAGAGAAAAGGCGAAACCACACAAGACCUGGCAGAGAGUAUAGAUGCAGAAAGGAAAGGCAAAGGCAGCUUUCUUGAAGAGGGGUCAUCGGUUGAUAAUGAGCUUGAUAACGCACAAAGAUGCCAAGAUAAUAAUGUACAGCCAGCCGAGGGUACGAGUGAUGCUUCCCUGAAUGGGGACGGCAACAGCAAAGAAUCCAAAGAUGAAGGACUCGAAGAGGACAGCAGAAAAAACAAUUCAAAGCCAAAUGAAGAUUCAGCAAAUUCAGGGACGAGGUUACCAGAGGCAAGUAAUAAUGGGGAGACAGUGACAGAUGAUACAGGCUUAAAAGAUAGCAAGCCAGUUGAUCAGGCAGAUCUAACUGAUAACCAGGGAAAUGGAACAGGGUGUUCUGAGAUGUCUGAAACAGCAGCAGCCAAAGACAAUGAGAACGGUGUGCAAACGGAUGCUUGUGUAAGUGAAGGACCCGAUGAAGGUCCAGAUUGUGAACAGAAGAGCACUGAGACGGCAGAGAGCAACUCAACUGUAAUCCUUGGUGGCUCCCAAGAAAGUGCUGGAAGUGUGUCGGAGGCUCAGCUGAGUGAGGAUCAAUCAGCAAGAAUUGGUGAAUUAAAUCAGACUACCAACCGUGGCAAUGAGGACACAGCUGAACAAGAAGGGCUAGCUAAAGACACGAAUACAGAAGUCCAGGGCUCUCACACACACAUAGGACAGGGCAUUGGGUGCACAAGUGAAGAUGUUGAGAUGAGCGACGGUGAUGGUGAUGAUGGUGCCACCAGUGGAAAGGUUGAAACUCCAAGCCCAAUGGAAUCUGAUCCCAUCGCAACAAACAAUGAAGGAGCUUGUCAAGACUCUGAUAUGGAAUGUGAAAUUAUUUAAACUGCAUUGCUAAAUGAAUGUUAUAUGAAUGUAAAGUUCCGUGUGGCACAGUUUGAUUGGCUACUUCUCCUGUUUGAACGCAUUCGAAAGCAACUGCUGUUCUAACCUUAGUCAAAGUGCAUUAGUUUGAUAUUUAAAAAACAAAAGCGCAGUCUAAAUUAGUUACAGUUGUACUGUAUUGUAUUAUAUGUAUAUGCUGGUACAGUUUGAACAGUGUGUUUGUGGCUCUCAGGAUUCAAACUGAGACCAGUGGGAAUUUCAGAACUUAAAUCCUGAAGUUGCCUUUCUGUGGUGGUUUGAGGAAUAUUGUUCAAGAUAAGCAGUUUGGUUUUAAUGUUAUGGGUGUCAGCAUAAUAGGUUUUAAAUGAAUUACAACAGAAGAAAACAAAAUUUAAGGGGUACUAUGUUAGCAAAAAUUAAGAAUACCUCCAUUGCAGUAUUUUUCCAGUUGAAAUUGAAAAAGGUUUACUCAAAUUAAUCAAAAAAUAAGAAUACGUUGUUCAUGUUUUUAAAACAUUUUUUAAUUAUUUGUAUGAAAUUCUUAUUUGUAUCAUUUGAUGGAUAAAAAUAAUGAAUAUUGUUUAAAUUGUUUGAAUAAAAAAAAGCUGCUGUCUUUAAGAGAAUGUCUGACAUG